AUGGGCCGAAGACUUAGUGAUACUAAAGAUGAUAAAUCAUCCGAAAAACAAACCACAAAUGAUUCUGCAUCAAGUACAGAUUCGAAUCUUGAUGAAGAAGAAUUUGUUGUUGAAAAAAUUCUUAAAAUGCGUACUACAAAAAAAGGAAAAGUUCAAUAUUUACUUAAAUGGAAAGGUUUUCCUGAUACUGAAAAUACUUGGGAACCUGCUGAAAAUCUUGAAUGUCCAGAAUUAAUCGCUGCUUAUAUGGCUGAACAAAAAGAAAAACAACAAACACCAACAACAAAUGGUAAACGAUCUCAUUCAAAUAUUAGUACCGAUGAAGUUAAUAAUAAUUCUUCUCCAACAAAACGUCCACGUAUUGAAUUAGAACAAACAGGUUACAAUCGUGGUUUAGUACCGGAAACUUUAAUGGGUGCAACCGACAUCUAUGAUGGAGAAUUAAUGUUUUUAGUAAAAUGGAAAAGUGUUGCUAAACCAGAAUUAGUUCCUUCACGAAUCGUGAAUAAACAAUCAGCUCAACUUGUUAUUAAAUUUUAUGAAGAUCGUUUGACUUGGAAUUCAACGACUGCAUCAAAUAAUAACAAUAAAAAUGUUUAA